UCUCCAUCUUCAGAAAUCCAAACCAUUUAUGGGUAUUUAAACCAACCAAGCGUAAAUAGGGGCUUUCAGUUCCUUAGCAGCUAGGGUUCUUGAAUCUUCCCUUUUCCUUCAACUUUGGAAACUUCGUCCCCUUUCUUCUAAAAGUUCCAAAAUUUUGUCUCAGGGUUGCUUGAGCUUUGAUUUGGAGAUGAUUUGAAGGAGGUUUUAGAGACUGUUUCAUGUAGGUGUGAUGUGAUAAUUUUGAUUUCUAGAAGAGGGUUUUUUCUGUAAUCGAAGAGAAGAACAGAACAUGCCGUCGACAAAUGGUUACACGAUGCCAUUUGGUACGUUUCGCCGAUCCAUUAUGGGCAUUGGAAACGAUCAUAAUCAAGUUCAUGAUGUUAACAGUGAUUCCACUUCUGAAUUCCAUUGUGAGCUUGGAUCGUUUGAACACCAAGUCUUCCGACAGUUUCGCACCCUUUCAGCUGCUUCUGCUGAUGAACUUCUGUCUCUCGAUUGGGUGUCGAAACUAUUAGACGCAUUUAUUGCUUGCCAAGAAGAUUUCAAACUUAUUCUAUUGAAAAACGAACCAAAUCUUUCGAAACCUCCGUUAGAUAGGUUUGUAACAGAGUUCUUCGACAGGAGUAUUCGGGCACUCGACAUUUGUAACGCUGUUCGUGAUGGGAUUGAAAAGAUUCGCCUUUGGAAUCGACAUUUAGAGAUUGUUUCGAAUGCUUUCGAUUCAAAACAUAGGAAUCCGAUGGUUGAAGGGCAGUUUAGGAGGGCAAAGAAAGCUUUAACUGAUUUAGCUAUAGUCAUGCUUGAUGAUAACAAGGAAUCGUCAUCCGUUUUCUCGCAGAGAAACCGAUCUUUUGGGCGUCCUAACAAAGGGAAAGAUCAUCAACAGAAGUCAGGACACUCGAGAUCGCUUUCUUGGAGCGUACCCAAUUCAUGGUCAGCAAGUAAACAACUUCAAUCGAUCGCUAACGGGUUAGUCCCUCCACGAGCCCACGAAAUUUCUGCCACUAAUGGCUUAGCCAACAUUGUUUACACAAUGGGUUUCGUUCUUAUGUUCGUAUUAUGGUGUCUGGUGGCUGCGAUCCCCUGUCAAGACCGAAGUCUGCAAGUCAAUUUCUCUGUUCCAAGACAAUUCUCAUGGGGAACUCCAUUGAAUCUGCUUCAUAUUCGGAUUAUGGACGAAUCCAAGAAGCGUGAACGCAAGAAUAGCGUUGGAUUACUAAAGGAGAUAUACCAAAUGGAAAAAUCGAUUCAUUUGAUCACGGAUUUGAUGGAUUCUGUUAACCAAUUUCCAUUGACAGAUGAACAGAAGGAAGAAGUGCAAACUGGUGUUCAAGAAGUGGGUCGCGUUUGUAACGGUUUUAAGCAUGGAUUGGAUCCGUUGGAGCGGCAACUGAGAGAAGUAUUCCGCAAGAUCAUGGCUUGUCGAACCGAGGGUCUUGAAGUUCUUGGAAAGGCACAAUCUUGAUGAUGAUCAAAUAUCAAAAAGGAAACAGAGGUAGAAACAAGAACACCUCAAGGGUAUUAUGAAGUUUGUUUUGAUCAGUGGACAAUAAUAAUGGAUUCUGGGAAGGUAAUCUGUGUAGUUUCAUCAUACAUUUUAUAUGCUUAUAUCUUUAUUCAUGUUUCAUAUGUUCUUUUCAUUGAUCUUUCUUUCAUUUUGUAUAAUUCUCUUGUUGCUUUUCAUAA